AUGGUUGAACUAGACUUCCAGAUCCCCUCUGCUAUCGACCCCUUUGCCGAGGCCAAAGACUCGUCGGGAACGAAAGCGAAGGUGCACAUCAGGGUGCAGCAGAGGAAUGGGAAGAAGUGCCUGACCACGGUCCAGGGGCUGCCGAAAGACUUCAGCUACGAGAGGAUACUCAAGGACGUGAAGAAGGAUUUCUGCUGCAACGGCAACGUAGUGAAUGACAAAGAGCUGGGGAAGGUUAUUCAGCUCCAGGGCGACCAGCGCAAGAACGUCCAGGCCUUCCUGGUCCGUUCCAAUCUCGCCACCAAGGACCAGAUCCAGAUUCAUGGUUUCUAG